AUGGUUCAUAGCAAUUUCAGAGUGUUUAAUCCCCAAAGUGAAACAAUAUGCUACAGAAUAUCACGCAUGCGGAGUCUCCAGAUCUUGAGUGUUAAACAUAACUACAAUUCGUGUUAUAUUUUAGAGGAUGCACUAAAGCGUUUUGCAUUACGUCUGGAAGAAAUACCACAGAGGAUUAACGCUCUUUCAGCAGAAUCCUACAAAGUGACUACUGUACAAAUUAAUAUUACUGAAGACUGUAAUGAAGAGAAUGGAAAAUUAUGGCCAUCCGAUUCAAUGAAGGAAUCAUAUAUUUUGAAUGUCUCCAAUGGGACCAUACAUAUUCAAUCAGAGGAAAUAUGGGGAGCAUUACACGCUCUGGAAACAGUCCUGCAACUAGUGUUCAGAGAUCAGAACUACAAGAAUUCGAUAUAUGAGUGUGGCAUAGAAGAUUCACCAAGAUUUUCACACAGAGGAAUGAUGAUCGAUACAGCCAGACAUUAUCUAAGCGUUGAAACAAUUAAGAAUGUCAUUGCUGCAUUAUCAAUGGUGAAGAUGAAUGUACUACACUGGCAUAUGACAGAUGAUGAAUCCUCCCGUAUGUUUCUUCAGUGUAUCCUGAAUUGUCUUCAAAGGGAGCGUAUCAUGCACAUUCAAUUCGCUCGAUUACAUGGUGUUCGAGUGAUUGUUGAAUUUGACUCACCAGGUCACACUCUAUCAUGGGGGAAAAGUCAUCCUGAAAUACUCUCGGGUGAAUCACACGACGGACCGAUCAAUCCAGUCGAUGAAAAUGUCUGGUCAUUUCUGUCAAAUUUAUUCAGCGAAGUGUUGAGUGUAUUUCCUGACCGUGUCUUGCAUUUUGGUGGAAGCAUUUAUGACAGGCAUUCAUGGCAAGAAGACGCCAACAUCCAAGAAUUCAUGAAAGAGAAAGGAUUCAAUCAAGACUACAAUAAAUUAGAAAAUUAUUAUUUUGAACGCCUCACAGAAGUUAUUCAGAAUAUUACUUCAGCAUCACAAAGCGUGACACCUGUGGUAUGGCAGAAUGUAUUUGAGAAUGGAUUCCGAGUUAAUGACAAAAACGUCAUCAUACAAGUACACAAUAAUUCAGACUGGGAAGCUGUCACCAAGUCAAUCACAUCAUCUGGAUACAGAGUGAUCAAUUCAGCGUGUUGGUCGAAAGUUGUCAGGAAUUUCGAUGAUGCAUGGAAGACUCUGAACGAUUGUGAUCCCGCUGCAUUUGGAGGUACUGACGAGGAAGCUCAGUUGGUUAUUGGUGGAGAAGUCACCAUUUGGGGAACUUAUGUGGAUGACACUAAUCUCUUCUUACGAUCAUGGCCAAUAACUGCCGUGGCUGCUGAACGUCUUUGGUCUAUGGAUCCAGGCGAUAUUCAGGACUUUUCAUGGAGAAUGAAAGAGUUUUACUGUCGAAUGUUACUAUUGAAUUGGAAAGUGAGACCUUUCACAGGACCUGGAUUCUGUCGAAAAUGA